UUAGCCGGUAGAGGCAGACGAUCGACCAUCAGCAUCUUCGUAUACUAUCAUCGUUACUAUACUUAAAUGAGCUACAUUGCUCUUUUCGGUAUAAGCAUAUUCGCGGGUAUAUAAGAUAAUUUGUUGAGUAGACAAUCACAUAAAUAUUAUAUGUAUAUACGUGCCAAUACACACAAUGCAACAUUCGUAUACACCCCCACAACUGCAUCUCCACGACAUGGAUAAACAGACGUCGUCGGUACUGGAGGUUGCUGCCCCUACCCGCAGCAGUGACGCGCUGCUGUCAGAUACAUUCGACAAGUCAACAACGAUCGCGUCAAGCGCCGAGACCGACAAGGUGCAGGUUGCCGUCGUCGAGGAAGUUGAGAAGAGGAGCAUCAGCAGCAGCAGCAGCAGCAGCAGCGACGAGAUGAUCGGUGAUGACGUUCAAGAGGACGACGACGACGAGGAAGCCGAGCCGACUAUGCAUCAACCGAUGAAGACCGCCGUGCCGCGCACGCACCCGCCAAAACAGCCACCUGUCCUCGACUGCCGGCCGAUAGUCCUGGCGACUCACCUGGUGCCGUCAUUGCCGGUCGGAUUGUUCGACGUCGUGGCCGAAGCCAUCGAAGUCGCCACCGGGAAGCCAGUAGUGCUACUCCACGAGUCCAGAACUGACCGGCCAGUCGCCAAGGACGUCGUCGACAUCGCGAUUUUGCCAGCUGGUGAGUCCUGGGAGGAUGGCAAGCUGCUGCCUGUGAGCUUCGUGUUCGAGCAUCGUCUGAACAAAACCUUCUCGCCGGACGUUUAUGCCGAUGUUGUCGUCGCCACCGACAGAGCUCCUCACGUCGAGGAUAUAAUGGAUCUUCGGGGCCACAGGUGCGCGUUGCCCGACCGAAGAAGAAAAAUCGGAGCAUCGACGCUGCUGUUCAAUCACCUGAGGGCCAAGGGCGAGGGGCCGGCCUUCUUUGGAAAUACUCUGGAUGCCAAUUCUCAAGUUUCGGCGUUGCAGAUGGUGGCUGGUAAGCAGGUCGAGGUCUGCGUACUCGAGUCACCUGUCAUUAAGUACUACAGGAAAUCCUUGCCUGGGGUUUACUCACUGCACAUUCUUAGUAGCUUGGGGCCCCUGCCGCCUUACCCCGUUAUGGUUAAUAAAAAUAUACCAGAUGAAAUCAUCGAAAAAAUUACGGAUUACUUGCUCGGUCUUUGCCGAGAUACGGAGUGGAUGGAGAAGUUUGGACUCUACAGUGUUCUUGGAUUCGCAGAGUACAGUAAAAGCAAUGUUGAAGUUCAAAAUAUAAAAUCUAUGCCCACCAGUGUCCCAUAUUACUGAGAGCCCGCGAUUCGCUAUUUUUUACUUUUAUACAAAUAAAAGCCUUAUAUUUUUUAUAUUAUUUUAUCGUCGGUCUCAAAAUAUUUAAAGACUAUGUUUUUUACCAUACAUGUGAUAAAACUGCUUUGAUUAUUAAAGAGUGAAACGGUUAUUUUGCUCAAUGAUAAAAUGUAUAAUCGACUAUUUCAAUAUUAAAGAGCAUACAUUUUUUUUUUCAUUCAAUAACAUUAGCUUACAAUUAAUGAUUUGUCAUUUAAAAACGUUAAAGAUUUUAACAUUAAUAAAAAGUUUUUUUAAUUCUGGAAAAUGUCAUACUCGAUCUAAUAAGAACAAUGCAAUGAUUUUGCUUUACAAUGAGCAAAUGAAUUUUUUAUAGAAUACUAAUCAACGAACGAUAACAAU